CGUGAAAUUCUCACACCGUUGUAUCUUUCUAGGCAAUUUUUCUAAGCACAAAUAACUAAAUAGAAAACCUUGAUGAUGUAUCAGUUUUCGCAUCCGGCGAGAACUACAGCGUCAUUCAAUAAAUAAAUGAGAAAAAUAUAUAAAUAAUUGAGCCAGCGAUGAGCAUCAAAUUUGGGGAAGUGAUGGAAGAGAAAUUCUUCAAGUGGAAGAAUGAUGAUCGAAUUUUAUAACAAGAUAUAUUAGAGUGGAAAUUUACAUCGAUGAUAUAAAUAAUUUCACAAAUAAAGUUGAAUUUGGAGAAAAAAAAGUUAUAUCACAAUUAGAAAGGGAGUGUUAAAAUGUUUGAUAUUAGAUAUGUCAAGUCCACAACUAAACACUCAAUUAGCACAAAAUUUAAUUAUCGGACAUUGAAAGCUAACAAGUUAGUGGGUAUAUCGAAGUGGGCCAUAAUUAAAUAGAGCGUAAAAGUGAGAAAAGUGGCUUUACGAAAGUUGAUUAAAAUUUAUAUAGGUAUUCGGUAAAAUAAAAAAGUGUCGGUGAAAUGGAAACAAGUAAAUGUUCAAUUCAGGUAACAUUAAUCACUGACAAGGCCACCACCCCUUUGAAAGAGGCUAAUAAACUCGCAUCGUACGGAAAUAGUUAUGAUUGAUGUCUGGUUACUUAAUAAGUUUCUGCAGUGGUAAUUUAAAUAGUGGGUUUUUACAGAUCGAGCUAUGGGGUGCAAGUGGGGGUGUUUGAGGGUCUCGGUACCUUCCUCGUCUUCGUAUGAUCUUCGUACGAGUCGGAUUCCCACUCCGUUCAUCCUGUCGAUAGGGUGGUUUUCUACGAAGUGCGUCCUCCGAUUUAAGCGCACGCGGUUUACCCGGUGGGAAAUUUGCGACUACCGCAAAGGUCACCAUGUAUAUGUUAAUUCAGGGGCGGAUUGAUCGACCUGCGUGAUUUUUAACAAAGUGAACAUCAGUAUCAGUCCAGACAUUCAACACUGUUUUACCGCCCCUUUAAUUAAACCGAAGUGGCCGUGAACUAAAUAUUUCCAGUCGAUACAGAGUACUUAUAGAUUUAUUGAUGGCAAUAGAAGAAAAUUCUUCCUGUAAACACGUGAUCGACAACAGGUAGAAACAGGAGGGUAAAACAUGCGUCACAACCCUUCCCAAAGAUAAUGGAAUUAGAAGGGAGAUUAAACCUUUAUACUGACACACUGUCAGUUGGAUUACAAAUCAACAAAAUUACACCGCAAAUUUACUUCAACUGAAAUAGAAUAUACAUACUUGAGAUUAUUGAAACAUACCUUGACCGGAUGUCUUCUUAUAAUCGGAGUUAUUAGUUGGCAGGAGUUUUUCUUUUACACGAUCUUCGUCUUCUGAUAUAUGCGAAUCACUAUUAUAUUUUCCAAAAAUAUGUUUGGGUUCUUCAGAUUUUGAAACACGAAAACGUUCCGGCAUUUUCAAACAAAUCUGAUUUAACUUAACAUAAAUUAGUUUUCAAACGUAUUUUUAACAUACCACAACACAAACAAUUGUUUUGAUCGAACUUUUUUCAAUUCAAUUUGAAUUAACAAUUAGUGCCAACAUACAAACUUAAACUGUCUAUCGUCCACAGUUUAUUGUCAAAGCGCGCACAAUUUCUGAAACUGACAGCUGUCACAGUUUAUAACAAUAUUUGUUUACCUUCUCUAGCGCCAUCUAGAACAGACGUCAAAUUACUCAAGUAACAGCCUUCGCCAUCUACCAAUCAAUAGCAUUACCACUGACAUUACCACCUCAUAAGUAAGCUUUCACAACACACCACUCUUGAAGAAAAGGAAGAAUCAAAUUAACAAAUCUAAGAAUUCUUGUAUUUAUUCGAUGAUUUUAAAGGACAGCACAAAAAUGGAACAAAAACGUUUCGGUGUGAAGAUAAGUCUCUUGAACGAGUUAAGACUUUUUCAGUCAAUGUUAAAGAAAAAAAAAAUGUUUUACAUAGUAGACCUAACUUCAAAUGCUGGGACGCAGAGCCAUGUUCGAAUAUAUACUGAGGAGAAUAUUGUGACUAUUCCUCUUCCAGGGUUUGCUCUAUUUGCAGUGAUAAGGCAAGAUUACAGAGAUAGAGGACUUCUUAUGAUUUCCCUUGUGCUUGGGGGAUUGUGCGAGAUCACAAUAAAAUUUGAAUCAGAAGAGGAAAAACGGGCAUUUAAGCGGGACAUAUCCUCCGACUGGACUCCAAGUCCUGAGAGAGAAGAAUGUGAAUAAACUGCGAUCUAAACUUUUGACUUAUUUUUGGUUUAAUGUUUUGUAAAAUGUUACUUUUUAAAUUUAUCUUAAAAACAGGGCUGUGAAUUCGCUUCAAUAAUAACGACCUUGUCCGAAUUUGUUUGGACGAAACUGUGCAUUUUUGUGCUAAGUGGCCCAAGGCAAACAGGCGAAUUUUAAGUGUUUUUAAAAGGUGAAUUUGUUUGGCCGAAAACGUAUGUGCUGAAGUGGCCCAAGAGAAAAACAGGACAAAAAGGCGAAUUUUAACUUUUAACAAAGGUACCUUGAAAAACGGGGUAGAUUUUAUAACAAAAUGAUGUGUGCUGAGUGACCUCAUUAGUAGUUAUUAUAGAACUAUAUUUCGAUAAAAUUUGUACACAUGUCUAAAAGUACAACAACAAUAAACAUUC